AUGCAUAUCCUGUCGCUGUUCUUUCUGGCUCUGAUUGCCUAUUGUGCUGCCAAUGUCCUGCCCGUUGCAAAGCCCACUAACCUCAGCAUCGAUCAGCAUGGAAAAAGGGUUUAUGACGGAGAAGUGGAGGAGAAGUGUGAAUUCUAUUGUCCUGGCAAGGAUCCCUCAGUUUGCGCCACGAACGGGCAGUGCCUGCUAAAGUUUGACAGUCGCUGUGCCAUGACAGCCUACAACUGCCGGAAUCCCCAGAAGAUGUUCAAGUCCGUCGAAGAUCAUCGUUGCGAGAAGGACUGGCAGCCUCUUUGCCGGGAAGAGGAUCUCAGGGAGUUCGGCUUGUGA